UUCAAUUAUUCACCAUUCUCUGUCAAUGUAGAAGUAAUUAGGAAAUAGGAAGCAUGCCAUAAUUGAUAAUAGCUGAGUUGGGUUGCUAUGUUAGUGAAGAUAUAAGAGACAGUGAGGGGACCUGACAUUCACUUGUUAUUCAAUGGGGAGCAUGAGAAAGAACUGGUUUCACAGCCUACCCAAUGAGGCACUGCAUGCAGAAUUCCUGCAAGAUGUGUCCAAGUUGCUUCUGAAAGAGGCUGUGUUUGCUGGUACACAAAGGAAAAACCCAGUGGUCAGAUUCCAUGACCCUGACCACCUGUAUGAUCUGCUGAAUCUGACACCCACUGAGAAGCCUGCUACACAUACUGAGUUGCUUAAAGCAAUCUGUGAUACCAUUAACUUCAGCGUUAAGACUGGGCACCCAUACUUCAUCAAUCAACUGUUCUCAAGUGUGGAUCCUUAUGGACUUGCUGGGCAAUGGGUGACUGAUGCACUGAAUCCCAGUAUGUAUACAUAUGAGGUAGCACCUGUAUUCACACUUAUGGAAGCUGUAGUAUUGGAGGAAAUAUGUCAACUAGUUGGUUUUCCUUCUGGUGAUGGAAUGUUUUGCCCUGGAGGCUCAUUUGCUAAUGGUACUGCUAUCAACCUGGCCAGAUUCAAAUAUUUUCCAGACAUUAAGAGAGAUGGCCUGGGAUGUGCACCAAAGUUGGUUAUGUUUGCAUCAGAAGAUGCCCACUACUCAGUCCACAAAAUGGCAGCAUUGCUUGGUCUGGGUGAACAGAAUGUGUGUUCAGUACAGACAGAUAAGACAGGGCGUAUGGAUUCAUUAUAUCUAGAGUCGCAGGUGCAGAGGAUAAUAGCUACUGGAGCUGUCCCAUUCAUGGUGGUGGCCACAGCAGGUACAACAGUACUUGGAGCAUUUGACCCUCUGCCUGCCAUAGCUGAUGUGUGCACAAAAUACAAUCUCUGGUUUCAUGUGGAUGCUGCAUGGGGUGGAGGGCUUCUAUUCUCACGUACACACCAUCAUAAGCUUAUUGGACUUGACAGAGCUGAUUCUGUGGUAUGGAAUCCUCACAAGUUGUUGGCAGCUCCCCAGCAAUGCUCGAUGUUGCUGGUGCGACACCCAAACAUCAUCAAAGCCUGUCAUGCUUGCAAUGCUACGUACCUCUUCCAAAAGGAUAAGUUUUAUGAUGUUUCUAUUGACUUUGGAGACAAGUACCUGCAAUGUGGACGAAGAGCAGAUGUGUUCAAAUUCUGGUUUAUGUGGAAAGCUAAGGGUUCAAUAGGAUUUGAAGAGCACGUGAAUGCUUUAAUGGACUGUGCCAGUUACAUAACCACUUCCCUGCGACAACGUCCAAGUUUCAAACUUGUUCUUGAACCAGAGUUUAUUAAUGUCUGUUUCUGGUAUAUCCCUCAAAGUCUACAAGGACUACAAGAACAACCAGACUUCAAUGAAAAAUUGCAUAAGAUAGCUCCACGUAUGAAGGAACUAAUGAUGCGUAAAGGAAGCAUGAUGAUAAGUUACCAGCCGCUGCAAAGCCUUCCGAACUUCUUUCGGUUUGUUGUUCAGAAUUCGGGAGUCACACAUCAAGAUGUUGACUACUUUCUAGAUGAACUGGAUCGCCUUGGUGCCGACUUGUAACCAUAUCUUAACGCUCUGUUGGCCCAUACCCACUAACCUCCAAGUGAGGGGUACAUACAGUAUGUACGAUAUCCCAAAUGUUAGUAAUCAGAGGCGUGAGACAGCGUAUUUAUUUAUAAACGACAAAUACGCAUUGUGAGUUUCUGUGUCUAUAAUCGAAAACAUGGACAAGUAUAAUAAAUCCAUGGAGAGUUACAGAAUAUAAACAUGACAAGAUCAUAUCACGUGUAUGCAUUUACAGUUUAUUACAUUGUUGUUAAAUAUCUUAAAACUUUAAAUUACUGUAUUGUGUCUGACUCAAAUGUAUUUUAU